CAAAGCCACGGUAUGACUAGGACGAGCUCGGGGCGUCAAGAGCCAUUCGAAUCCAGUAUUAGUGCGGUGCAGAGUGUAACAAGGUGCUUCUCUAUCCCGAUAGAUUUUAUUUUCAACAAUCAUCAUAUCGUUAUCAAUUAUCCAAUAUACCAAGUGUAUAAACGAAUAUGCCUUUCAAGCCAGUAGAGCACCCAAAAUGCCCCAAAUGCGGCAAGUCAGUUUAUGCCGCUGAAGAACGUGUCGCUGGAGGACUCAAGUGGCACAAAAUGUGCUUCAAGUGUGGACUGUGCAGCAAGCUUCUCGACUCAACAAACUGCUCUGAGCACGAGGGGGAGCUGUUCUGCAAAGUCUGCCACGCCCGGAAAUUCGGCCCCAAGGGUUAUGGUUUUGGUGGAGGUGCAGGCUGCCUGUCCAUGGACCAGGGCGAGCACCUGCAGAGAGAUGGAGAAUAUAGAGGAACCAACGCCGUUAUGGAGCCCCGUGCAAUCGCCAAAGCACCCGAGGGCGAGGGUUGCCCCAGAUGCGGUGGAUACGUCUACGCCGCGGAGCAAAUGCUUGCGAGAGGCAGAGGCUGGCAUAAGGCAUGCUUCAAGUGCAAAAUGUGUGGCCGGAGUCUGGACUCAACGCUCCAUUGCGAUGGUCCUGAUGGCGAUGUAUACUGCCGAGCUUGCUACCCGAAGCAAUUCGGUCCGCGAGGCAUUGGUCAUGCUGGAAUCAUGUGGAUCGGCCUGCAGAGCGACAUUGAGGACAACGGCGAUGCAGCUCCAAAAACAACGGUGAUCGAUACGGCAGCCAUUCAAGCACCCCCUGGGAAGGGUUGUCCACGCUGCGGUGGAGUUGUCUUCGCUGCUGAACAAGUACUGGCUAAAGGCCGAGAAUGGCACAGAAAGUGCUUCAAGUGUCACGAUUGCACCAAGACACUAGACUCUAUCAUUGCAUGCGACGGACCCGACAAGGACGUCUACUGCAAGACCUGCUAUGGAAAGAGAUGGGGUCCACAUGGUUAUGGAUUUGCCUGCGGCUCUGGAUUCCUCCAGACCGAUGGACUCACGGAAGACCAAAUCUCGUCAUCAAGGCCCUUCUAUAAUCCCGAUACGACAUCAAUCAAGGCACCAGCUGGACAAGGCUGUCCCCGCUGCGGUGGAAUGGUCUUCGCAGCUGAGCAACAGCUCGCCAAAGGCACAAUGUGGCACAAAAAGUGUUUCAAUUGCGCUGAAUGCCAUCGCCCACUUGAUUCAAUGCUAGCCUGCGAUGGGCCUGACAAGGAAAUCCACUGUCGUGCCUGCUAUGGAAAGCUCUUUGGGCCCAAAGGUUUUGGCUUUGGUCACACUCCUACUCUUGUCUCCACCGACAGCGAGCAUGCACCGUCCUACAUUGAUUCUAAACCCCAAGUUGGGGCAAGAAGUGCAGACGGCCAUGGCUGUGCCCGUUGCGGUUAUCCAGUGUACGCUGCCGAGCAGAUGAUCUCGAAGGAUCGAUUAUGGCACAAACGUUGCUUCAGCUGUGGCUCGUGCCAUCGUUCCCUGGACUCGACGAAUCUGAAUGAUGCACCCGACGGUGAUAUCUACUGUCGUGGCUGUUACGGCAGAAACUUUGGUCCACGUGGAGUUGGCUUUGGCCUUGGCGCCGGCACCUUAUCGAUGGCCUAGAUUAAUCCCACAGUUAAAAUUAUCCCCUCUAGCUCCUAACCCACACCCAACCCUUUAAUUUCCAUUGCCCUCUACCUCCGUUUUGUUUCUUGAGUUUGAGUGAAAGAAUCUACCACGUGGGACGUAGGCAUCGAUGAACGAUGAAAAUUCGUUGAAUGAACUCGCUGUGCACUGUGGAUUCGAGAGCGAGACGAAUUUAAUGCGAAUCGAUUUAAGGAAAAA